UGAUAGAGUGUGCCUCUCUGUGGGUGAGAGAGUAGGAGGAGUGUAGUCAGGCAGAGAGCGAGAUAGCGAGAGAACUCUUCCAGGCGCUCAGAUAUUGACUGUGGUAAAGACAUCCAGGAGCAGUGCAUUCCUGAGGCAGGCAGGGAGCGAAAAAGAGAAGACAAAUCCUUGGUAUCGCUUGGUCACCACGUUCGGCUGCCUCUGACCUCCUCCUCUUGACUGGCACAGUCCUCUCUUUCUCAUAUAUACACACCUACAGAUGCUUAUACGCUCAUGCACGGAAACCCUACCACACACACAUUGGACGGAUUCUGCUACAGUGACAGUUGUAAAGGAUUUCAAUCAGCCAGACAGAACAGAAGUUGGAUCUAAAAAACUCUAAGCAGUGAAAAUAUAAUCUUCGUGGUCGGGUCAGAGUGGCAGCAGCUUCAGUAGGGAAGCCCUGACUUUCCGCUCUACAGCGACUUCAUCCAGGUCCUCCAGAGGGAUCCUGAGGUAUUCCCAGGCCAGAAAAUACUUUGUAAUUAACAAUUUUGAGCCAUGCAAUGCUGAGCUGAUGCAAGCUUAACGAUAGUGAUCUGUUUGGAAGACUAUCUCACCAAUCACCUUACGUCACUCAGCCACAGAUGGAGCUCAAAGUUUGGGUGGACGGAGUGGUGCGGGUGGUAUGCGGGCUAUCAGAAGAGACAUCCUGCCAGGAUGUAGUCAUCGCUUUGGCUCAGGCAAUAGGUCAGACAGGCCGCUACGUUCUGAUCCAACGUCUGCGGGAUACAGAGCGGCAACUGUUGGCCACAGAAAGACCUCUUGAGUCUCUGGCCAAGUUAGGCCAACACGGCAGUGAGGUCCAGUUCUUUUUACGUCGCACUGGCCCUAGCAGCAGCGAUAGGCCUGGCACAAAACAAGACAAAUUAAGCCCCCUCUCUCUUCCCAAAUUUACUGAGCCAGACCUUUUAAAACGGAGCCAUCCCAAGAAAUCUCUCACAUUCAAUCUUGGUCCAUCAACUUCUCCCAAAGUUAAGCAGUUUCAGAGGUCUCCUCGAGACUCCCCAGACCAGAGAGCUUCACCUUCCUCUUCGCCGAUCCCUGCAGCUCCUCAUGCUCUACCUCCCUCCUCACCAAUAGGUCCAUCAAAAGAGGACGUCUUUAGGGCAGUUCUUCAGCAACAAGAGCGACUAAGGGCCAUUGAAGAACAACUGGAAACCCUUGAAAGAGAGUCUAAUACUUGGGAGCGCCACUACCCAUCUCUGUGUCCUUCACCCAUCUCUGAUUCUCGCUUCCAAGAGGAGCUGGACACUCUGGAGCAAACAAUGCGGAUGAACCAGGCUGAACUCGCCCACGAACAGCACUGGGAGGAGGAGUUCCAAGCUGAGACUGAGCGGGAGCGAGGAAUGAGGAGGAAGCUUGGGGAGCUCCAUGCUAAGUUAGAUGAUUGCGGAAGGCAGCUUCAUGAGUUCGCAUCACGCUCCACUCAGCUAGAGCAAAACAUCCAGCAAGAAAGUCAGAUGGAAGCCAUAAACAAAGGGCCAGAGGAGACCCUUGAUGCUGUGAAAGCAGAGCUCCAGUUCCAGGAAAAGCACGGAACAGAGUUAAAGGAACAUCUCUCUGAGACUGAUAAAGCCCUGGGCAAGACAGAGUCCCUGCUACAGGCCAAACAGGAUGAGCUGGAGGAGUUGAACAAGGAGCUGCGGCAGUGUAACCUGCAGCAAUUUAUUCAACAAGCCGGCGUCCUUCCUGCACACAGCCACUCACGCACAGACCUCCAAGAGCAAUUGGAGCAGUUAGAACUGGCACAUCUUCUACAGGAAGGCUACAGAAAUGGCACAGAAUCACCGCCUCGACCUACUGCCAAACAGUUUCUGGGACAUCCACGCAACCUACAGAACCCCCUUGUGUCCAGCCUCAAUCCUGAGGUACUGACAUCCCGAGAGUCGUCAUGGCGAUAAAAACAUGGACCACAGGGCCAAGGGGAACUUGUUCACUUUUUAUGUCACCAUCACCUCCUAUUUAGCCCCUUCCUUUGUAAUUCUCUUUAGUACUAUGGCAUAGAUAUUGUAAAUACAUAAGACAAAUAUAUUUAGAGUUUUGCAACUGUAAAUGUUACAAAUUAUCUACUGUAUGUAAUUGUAAAAUAAUCAAGGACCUUUAGAGUAAUUAUUACAAUGUAUUUAAAUACAAUAAAAAUGUUCUAAUGUUUUCGAAAAUGAUUUAUGCUUUUACUGUAUUUAAUGACUUUUAUUAUAUUUUAACUCUAAAAUUUAUUAACUUGAAAUAAAACUGUGUAUGCACAACCGCCAGCAGUGAACAUCCAACAAGGCAUUCCAAAAAUGACAUCACUCCUUUGUGAAAUAUGAAUAUAUGUUUUGAAUUAUUCACGCUCCUUUCCCCUCCUUGUGGCACAAUGGGUCCUGUGAUGCGUUGUGAUUAUUUCUCGGCUUUGUAUUGGAAGCAUUCAAAGAUGAUUGAAAAGUGCAACC